ACGGCGCACAAGCGUUGGCGAAGUCUCUCGAGUUGCGAGUCGUGCACGGGUCGUCGGGUGUUGUGUUGUGAAACGCGCAUAUUUAUAAAUAACGUCGCCGCCGCCGCCGCGUUCCACGAGAGCGCUCCGCACGGUUAUCGAACGGUGCGCGCAACGGGGCCCGCUCGCCUCGCGCGCGUGUGAUUCUCUGUCGCAGUGCGCGCCCGCGGUGUUGUGCCUGCGUUUCCCGAUGGCGAUACGGAUACCCAACUGAAGCGAGCAAUGGCUAUGUGAGAUCCGCAGACGGAAACAUCCAAAGAUUUAACAAGCCCCAAUCGAGCCUGAGUGUCGCAAGACACAUACAACUUUAAGAUGGCGGAUCCGGAUCCAGAAACGCUGCUCGAAUGGCUGAGCAGCGGACUGGGCGACGAGCGCGACAUGCAGCUGAUUGCACUCGAACAGCUUUGCAUGCUGCUGCUGAUGUCUGACAAUGUGGAUCGUUGCUUUGAGAGUUGCCCGCCGCGCACAUUCCUGCCAGCGCUAUGCCGCAUCUUUCUCGACGAGCAAGCACCCGAAAAUGUUUUGGAAGUGACAGCGCGCGCCAUUACCUAUUACCUGGACGUCUCUGCAGAAUGUACCCGCCGGAUUGUCUCGAUGGACGGCGCCGUCAAAGCCAUCUGCAAUCGGCUGACGGUGUGCGAAUUGUCCUCGCGCACGAGCAAAGAUCUUGCCGAGCAGUGUGUUAAAGUCCUCGAGUUGAUUUGCACACGUGAAGCAGGCGCGGUAUUUGAUGCGAAUGGGCUGAGUAACAUUCUGCCCUUCAUCCGUGACAAUGGCAAUCGCGUUCACAAGGAUACGCUGCAUUCGGCAAUGGCGGUCGUCUCGCGGUUGUGCACCAAGAUGGAACCGGCCGAUGCACAGUUACCUUCGUGCGUACAAGCGCUGAGCACUUUGCUGCGACAUGAAGAUGCGUUGGUCGCCGAUGGCGCGUUGAGGUGUUUUGCAUCGGUUGCUGAUAGAUUUACACGUAGGGGAAUUGAUCCUGCACCGUUGGCUCAACAUGGUCUAGUUAGUGAAUUACUGCAUAGAUUAUCAAAUGCCGCUGGUCCUGCUCUGGCCACUGGUAGCCAGGGCACUCCUGGCAAAGCUUCGGCUACCACUAAUACUCCGGCUGCUAAUCCUGAUCCGAAAGCUACAGCCGCUUCAGUUUCUACUAUCAUCAGUCUACUCUCUACAUUAUGUCGAGGAUCACCCACCAUCACACACGAUUUGCUUCGGUCAGAGUUACCAGACGCGAUCGAAAAGUCACUCAAAGGCGAUGAGCGCUGCGCCCUCGACUCGAUGCGACUCGUCGACCUGCUUCUAGUCCUGCUGUUUGAAGGGCGGCGAGCUCUUGGUAAAGCGGGUCCAUCGAGUACCGGCCAAUUGAUGCCGCGCAUUCGGCGUAUGGACUCAGCUGCGGAAAAGUCUCACCGUCAGUUGAUCGACUGCAUUCGUUCGAAGGAUACGGACGCGCUUAUUGAAGCGAUUGAAAAUGGUGGUGUUGAGGUGAAUUUUAUGGACGAUGUGGGUCAGACGCUGCUCAACUGGGCUUCCGCUUUCGGCACACAGGAAAUGGUUGAGUAUCUCUGCGAAAAGGGCGCGGAUGUCAACAAGGGCCAGCGCAGCUCGUCAUUGCAUUAUGCUGCUUGUUUCGGCCGGCCAGCAAUCGCGAAAGUUUUAUUGCGUUAUGGUGCCAACCCGGACCUGCGGGACGAAGACGGUAAAACACCUUUGGAUAAAGCUCGGGAACGUAUUGAUGAAGGUCAUCGGGAGGUGGCUGCUAUACUACAGUCUCCCGGCGAGUGGAUGAUUCCUCUGGAUAAGGACAAACAACGUAAAACUGAACAGGACGGUGAGGAGAAUGUUGAACCCCGUGGUGAUCCGGAAAUGGCACCAGUGUACCUCAGCCGGCUGUUGCCCGUGUUUUGCUCGACGUUUCAAGCCACUAUGCUGCCGUCUGUACGGCGUGCUAGCCUUGGCUUGAUCAAGAAAAUGAUCCACUACAUACAGCCUUCGCUGCUCGUGGAACUGUGCCAUCCGGAGGCUUUCACGCAUCAUUUCGGCACACAGUUGGUCGAAGUCAUCGGUGUCGUGCUUGACAAUGAGAUUGUGUAUAGCUGGCCGAGCAUUCGAUGCACCCCCUUGGGGGUGUUGGUGCGACACGUGCGAGCUUCUUUGGUUAAUGACAAGCACAUUAUACAGUCACAAUCCAUGGAGGACGAAGAUGGACAUCUAGUUGUAUUGGGCAUUAUUCAGGAUCUUAUGAACAAGGCACAGGAUAUUUUCCUGGACCAUUUUGCUCGUUUGGGGAUUUUCUCAAAAGUUCAGGCCUUGGCUGGGUCACCGGAGCCUACUGGCAGUGCUGAAGAAGCAGAACCGGUUACUGAACAAGAAUCUCUGGAAGUCGUACAAGUCGAAGACGCCAAAGAAGUCUUGGCAGGCAAGGCGUACAAUUGGCGCGAUUGGUGCAUCUGUCGUGGUCGCGAUUGUUUAUACAUCUGGUCCGAUGCGGCCGCGUUGGAGCUCUCCAACGGUUCCAAUGGCUGGUUCCGAUUUAUCUUGGACGGCAAACUGGCCACCAUGUACUCGAGCGGAUCACCUGAAGGUGGAGCUGACACUUCUGGCAAGGGUCGUGCGGCCGAUUCCCACGCUACCGAAGAAAAUCGUGGCGAAUUUCUGGAGAAAUUGCAGCGUGCCAGGGCCGCGGUGAAAAACACCACGAAUUCGCAACCAAUUCUUUCGAAGCCGGGCGCUACGCGACUCGUUAUUGGCAACUGGAGUUUGACGUCCCGGAAAGAAGCAGAACUUCAUAUUCACAACUCUGAUGGCCAACAACAAGCGACCAUCCUGCGAGAAGAUCUCCCUGGUUUUAUUUUUGAAUCGAACCGAGGAACAAAACAUUCGUUCACCGCCGAAACAAGUUUGGGUCCCGAAUUCGCUGCGGGAUGGGCGAGCAAACGCGGCAAGCGAUUGCGUUCAAAGACAGAAGCCACCAAGCAAAAGGUGAAGAACUUGGCGCAGUCCCUUUACGAUCAGUACUUCAAAGCAGCACAGGCACAGCCGCGCGGCGUCGUCGCUAAGUUGGGAAACAUUGUGGCACACAUCGAGCGCGCCUGCCAGAAACAGUGUACCUAUGGGAACAACCGCGACGGCGGUAACUCUUGGCGUGAGAUUCUCCGUAAUGCCCUGGACGAACUCACGCAGAUUCUUAAAGAGGAUGGAGUGGUCAGCGCUUACGAAUUGCAUAGUUCUGGUUUAGUACAAGCACUUCUUUCACUCUUGUCUACGAGUUACUGGGAUCAGGGAUUGAAGUCAUCGAAGAGUAACAAGUAUCAAAAGCAAAGGGUGCAGGUUUUCAAGAAGUGUUUUGAGGAACAAAUCAAUGAGGGACAAAAUUCUAUUCUUAUUCUUGUGCAUAAGUUAAUCUCGGUGUUGGAGAGUAUUGAAAAAUUGCCAGUUUAUUUAUACGACACGCCCGGUAGCGGUUAUGGGCUGCAGAUUUUGACUAGACGUUUGCGAUUCCGUUUGGAGAAGGCUCCCGGUGAUAGUACGUUAAUUGAUCGAACUGGAAGAGGGCUCAAGAUGGAGCCACUCAGCACCGUGGCGCAGUUGGAGCGAUAUCUGUUGAAGAUGGUCGCUAAGCAGUGGUAUGACUUUGAUCGCAGCACGUUCCAAUUUCUCAAGAAGGUGAAGGAUCCGAAAUAUCAGAUUUUUAAACACUCGCAUGAUUUUGAUGAGAACGGCAUUAUUUUCUUUGUGGGAACAAACGGACGGACGAGCCCCGAAUGGGUGAAUCCGGCACAGUACGGACUGGUAACAGUGACUAGCUCGGACGGAAGAAAUUUACCGUACGGUCGCGUUGAGGAUAUUCUCUCUAGGGAUUCAUCGGCAUUGAAUUGUCACACAAACGACGACAAAAAGUCAUGGUUUAGUAUUGAUUUGGGCUUGUACGUGAUUCCCACGAGUUACACUCUGCGACAUGCACGCGGAUACGGCCGCUCGGCGCUGAGAAAUUGGCUAUUCCAAAUGUCUAGGGACGGUAUUACCUGGACUUCGCUGUCGAGCCACACUGACGAUACUAUGUUGAACGAACCUGGAUCUACUUGGACUUGGCCGAUUACUGUGCCAGUGGAUGAAUACCAAGGAUGGCGCCAUGUUCGUAUUCAACAGGCCGGCAAGAACGCGUCGGGACAAACACACUACCUCUCUCUAUCUGGUUUUGAGAUAUACGGUCAAGUAACGCAGGUUUGUGAGGAUUUAGGAAAGGCGGCAAAGGAAGCUGAUGCUCACUUAAAGAAACAACGCAAGAUUUUAAAGACGCAAAUGUUAAAGCAUAUUACAGUCGGCGCGCGUGUCAUUCGUGGUAUGGAUUGGAAAUGGCGCGAUCAGGAUGGCACUCCUCAGGGAGAAGGCACUGUUACUGGUGAGAUUCAUAGUGGAUGGAUUGAUGUGACUUGGGAUCAUGGUGGGUCGAAUUCCUAUCGUAUGGGUGCCGAAGGUAAAUAUGAUCUGCGUUUGUCGAACACGUAUGAAGCCGAAGUUCUCUCCCAAAACAAAGUUCCAAUUGGUAAGAAGGAUAAAGACAAACAAAGCGUCCUCACUAGCCGAAAGAGUAGUUCCACCCCUAGUCUACCCGAAGCUACCGAUGUCAAAUCGGUGGCUUCCACUGAGCAAGCAGCUUCUGCUGAUAAUUUAGCGGCCAAACAAGCAGCUGAGACGAUAGCUGAGAGCGUGUUGUCUGUGGCACGCGCCGAAGCUAAAGCGAUUGUUGCUGUUACAUCUGAGAGUCAGGCAGCUAGCAACGACUCUGAACUAUCUGUAGUUGUACAUCCUCUGAGAGACCCCCACCAUGACUUAUCUGCAAUCAAUAACUCAGUUUCUAGUGAUUUGGCUACAAUCGUUGAAAGUUUAACUCUUUCCGACUCAAAGCCUAGCAACGUACCUAAAAAGUUCUGCGAGGAGCAGGCUUCCGGUCAGAGCACGGAGUCAAAACCAAAUUCAUCUAAUUUAAACAAGGCAAGGUCAAAGACAAGUCAGGUUGUGGCAGCUACAGCCCAAAGCUUUGUUGAAGCAUUAGACAAGAUCCGCGAGGGUACUGAUAUAUUUAGAAACAAUACGAACAACUUUUUAUCUGGUGAACUAUUGAAUUUGGGCGUUGGGACCGCUCAGAACCCAAUUGGUAAUCUUGCCCCGCAGAAUCAAAACGCACCCGGUGUUAAAAUCGCCGUUGAGCAAGAGGGCACCAAACGCAAAGUGGACGAACCUUCAGAGGAAUCUUCAGUGACAAGUUCCAACAACGCGAGAAAUUCAUCUAAUUGCCCAAUUGUUGUUACCAACCCCAUGAGUGUUAGUGUACCUAACUUGACCACUGACGCAGGAAAUCAAAUCGAACCGUCAUCUACAGCCAGCUUGUUGGAAACAUUUGCGGCACUCGCACGCAGAAGGACUUUGGGUUCAGUAUCGACAACAUCAAACUCGAAUGCUAAUCCGAACAACGCCACUGGGAUUACAACUAAUGCGCAGAACAACGCAAAUGCUAACAUCUAUCCGGGGCCUAAUUCGGUGACUAGUUUGGUCCGCUUGGCAUUGUCUAGUAAUUUCCCCAGUGGAUUGCUGAGCACAGCACAAAGCUAUCCCAGCUUGUCGUCUAGUAACAACCCAGCUCCAUGCGGUAUUCCCACAACAACCGCCGCAGCACAAGGAUUGAGUCAAGCAUUGACAAUGAGUUUAACUUCUACAAGCAGUGACAGUGAACAAGUGUCGCUUGAAGAUUUCCUUGAAUCUUGCAAAGCUCCUACGUUAUUGGCAGAGUUAGACGAUGACGAGGAUAUGGCCGAAGACGACGAGAACGACGACGAAGAGAAUGAAGAUGAUGCGGACUAUGAAGAGGUCAUGGUUUCGCGAAAUUUGCUGGCGUUUAUGGAAGAAGAUGCCGGGUACGAAGCACGCCCGAGCAAGAGACGCUCUUGGGAUGAUGAGUUUGUGCUCAAGCGCCAAUUUACUGCGCUUAUACCUGCGUUUGAUCCACGACCGGGCAGGACAAAUGUGAAUCAGACUACUGAUUUAGAAGUUCCACCACCGGGACAGGCUGAAAGUUUAUGUUCCACUGAGUUUGACUUGCUGCCUCAACCACGACUGCAGCUGGUCCUCAGAGGUCCAAAUUUACCUGGUAUUCCUGAUGUGGAAGUGGAAUUGAACGAUUCCUCGUGGACAAUAUUUAAGGCUGUGCAGGAGCUGGUGCAGCUCACCGAGCUGGGCUCGCGGCAGGAGAAACUGCGCCGCAUCUGGGAGCCAUCUUAUGUGAUUGUGUACAAAGAAGUGAAGGAGGAUUCUUCUUCAGAAGAAGAUGGUCGUACUACUCCGGUGGUAACGUUAUAUUCAAGGAGUGGUAGUAGUUCGGUAGCUGGUACGACGUUGUCUCCGAGUACACCAAUUCCGGGUACUCCUUCAGUGUCCAGCUGCACUGUGGAGGAUGUGUUACAAUUAUUGCGACAUUUGUUUGUCAUAACGACUUCGGGAGACGAGCAGGCUACAAAUUUGUUUGAUCGAAUGGAGAUUGGAGCUGAAGAGUUCAGCAGUAAAAAGAUAACGAAUAAACUGCUGCAGCAGAUUCAGGAUCCGUUGGUUUUGUCGAGCGCAAGUCUGCCGGUAUGGUGUGAGGAGUUGAAUCAUUCUUGUCCGUUCCUGUUUCCGUUUGAAACUCGUCAGCUGUACUUCAAUUGCACGGCGUUCGGCGCAUCACGGAGCAUUGUAUGGCUGCAGACACAGAGGGAUGUUACCAUUGAGAGGCAGAGGGCACCUGGACUGUCUCCGAGGAGAGACGAUCCGCAUGAAUUCCGUGUUGGCAGGCUGAAACAUGAACGUGUGAAGGUUCCCAGAGGGGAAUCUUUGCUUGAAUGGGGCAUGCAAGUAAUGAAACUACACUGUGAUCGUAAAUCAAUUCUAGAAGUGGAAUUCCAAGGCGAAGAGGGCACCGGGCUCGGGCCGACGCUUGAAUUCUACGCGCUCAUUGCUGCCGAGCUGCAGCGCCGCGACCUACGCAUGUGGAUCUGCGACGAUGACCCGACCGCUUCGGAGUCUAGUAUAGAUCUCGGCGAAGGAGCGAAACCGCCCGGGUAUUAUGUGCAGCGAACGGACGGGCUCUUCCCGGCACCGCUGCCGCAAUCAUCGGACGUCUGUGAUAAAGCGGUGAAAUACUUCUGGUUCCUCGGCGUGUUUCUCGCCAAGGUACUGCAGGACAACCGGCUGGUGGAUCUACCGCUGUCGCAAAGCUUCCUCAAGCUGAUGUGCCACGGUGAAAUCCAGAAUACUGUCAACGAACGCAUUGGGUUCCCAACUUACACCAAACGCCAGGUGGACGAUGACAUCAUGACGUCCAGUCUAAUCUCAGAGGAAAGCGAGAAAGAACUGGAGUUGGAUCCGCCGAAGCUUACAUUUGAAGAAAAACGUGCAUGGUAUGCGUCCAUUUUGGGUCAUGAAGAUUUGACGAACAUCGAUACCAUCCGCGCCAACUUCCUCAAACAGAUUCAGGAGUUAAUCAAACAGAAACAGUUGAUUAUGCAGGACCAUACUUUGACGGCGGAGACCAAAGCACACCAGAUCCAAAAUCUUUGUUUGAAUCAUCCGUCCGGGCCUGUAAUGCUCGAAGAUCUUGCUUUGACAUUCACGUACGCGCCUAGCUCGAGCGUGUUUGGUUUCUCUUCAGUUGAUUUGGUGCCGAACGGUGCGGAUAUAGAGGUCAACAUUGAGAAUGUUGAAGAGUAUGUGGAUCUCACUCUUGCGUUCUGUUUGGAUAAGGGCAUUAGUCGACAGCUGGAAGCAUUCCACAAAGGUUUCAACAUGGUGUUCCCAAUGGAGAAGCUCUCGGCGUUCAGUCCUGACGAGAUGCGGGUGAUGUUGUGCGGUGAUCAAAAUCCACAAUGGACAAGGGACGAUCUGCUGAACUACACUGAACCCAAGCUGGGCUACAAUAAAGAUAGUCCUGGUUUUUUGCGUUUCGUGAAUGUACUGUUAGAGAUGUCGCCAGAGGAAAGAAAGGCGUUCCUGCAAUUUACCACCGGAUGCAGCUCGUUGCCCCCUGGUGGUCUUGCGAAUCUCUACCCUCGCUUGACCGUUGUGCGGAAGGUGGAUGCCGGAGAGGGUUCGUAUCCGUCGGUCAACACAUGCGUGCAUUAUCUGAAACUACCUGAUUACCCUACCGAGGAUAUUUUACGUGAAAGACUGCUUGCCGCCACUAAGGAAAAAGGUUUCCAUUUGAAUUAAAAACAAAAAACAAAGCAAAUUAAAUAUUAUUAAGAAUAAAGGAAGAAAAGGAGAAAACGAAUCUAUAGUGAAUACGAUUUAAGUAUUUUCAUGUAACUUAUAUUACAAUUACAUAUACAUAAUAUAAACAUUAUUGCGAAGAAGAUGAAAAACAUGUAAAAUAAGAAUACACUUUAGGUUCUGAUUUUUCAAUUCUAAACUGUAGAUGCAAGGUGUAAUUUGAAGCAUUGUGAUUUGAUUCACUAUUUGAUUCAUUCUCUGUAACCUGUAAACAUAGUGUGUUGAGCAAGUUGAAACCUUCAAACACUCGAUAUGAUAUAUCUCUAGGCAAAUUCAAAUGUAUGUUGGCGUACAUAUCGAUGAUGACACUGAAUGAAAGAGAGCGAUAAAGGUACGCACGCUUUGGAAUAAUGUAAUUUUGAUGAAAGGAUGCGUUCCAAACUGUUUUCAUCAACUGUUCGCGGACGAAACACACUGCAUAGUCAAGCCACGAUUUCGUUAAUUAUCGACCCAAAUGUGUUUUCAUUUUUUACAUUUUAGGUGAUUUUCAGUAACUUGUGAUUGUUGUUGUUAGCAUAUUUCCGAAAUUAUUACAUUGAUAAGUAGCGCAAACAAAUUCUAAUGAUAAAUAUAUACAUUUAUGAGCGAUUGGUAGGAGAUUGAUAUGUGCAAGGUAUAAGCUUGCGCAGUUUUCAUGUUUUUUUUUUGGGUGAAUAUUUUGUUCUCGUCGUUUAUUAUACUUUGGGGUAUUUUUUACGUUAGACACAUUUUAAAUCACUUCGAAUUCUGAUGCUUUAUCUAUGAUUAGUUAUGAUAAGUUAUGGUAUAACAUGAAUAUUAUGAAAUGAAGAUUGAAUAAAGUUGCGAGAAAAGCGAAAAAUAUGGUAUAUGUAUAUAUUUCAUGUAUGUACUUUGAUGUUAAGAUAUAUAAUGUUAUGAUAAUAUAUUUGCAAAAAUUAUUAGCGAGGCGCACUUUUAAAACAGAUUUAAAGCAACUACAUGAACCUGUAACUGUAAUAUCUAAUAUCUAUGCUUAUCGAAAAUGCUGCGGCCACACGUCGUACAUAAUAAGUAAUAUGAAAAUAUAAAAUUCAACGAAGGAA